CUUUUCCUCUAUAUAUAUUGAACAAGUUCAUGGACUAAAGAAUUAACUAUCUCUAAUAGAGAACACAACAAUAUGGGUGGUCUUGUACAUACUAUACAAUUUGUUUUUGGGAUUGUUGGAAAUGCCGCUACUCUUUUUCUCUUCUUGGUACCCACGUUUACAUUCAAGAGGAUUAUCGAGAACAAAUCAACAGAACAGUUCUCUGGAAUACCUUAUGUUAUGACAUUUCUCAACUGCUUGCUUUCUGCAUGGUACGGUUUGCCAUUUAUAACAUCAAACAAUAUUCUAAUAGCAACAAUAAAUGGAGCUGGAGCUGUAAUUGAGUUGAUAUACGUGUUGAUUUUCUUCUUAUAUGCGCCCAAUAAACAAAAGGGGAAAAUAUUAGCAAUGUUGAUAUUAGUUAUAUUGGCGUUUGCUGCCGCAGCGGUUAUUUCAGUGCUUGCUUUUCAUGGAAAAAACAGGCAACUCUUUUGUGGUACGGCUGCUACCAUAUUCUCCAUCGUUAUGUAUGCAUCUCCUAUGUCUAUCAUUAGACUAGUAAUAAAGACCAAGAGUGUGGAGUACAUGCCAUUCUUCCUGUCAUUUGCUGUUGUCAUAUCUUGCAGCUGCUGGUUUACCUAUGCCAUGCUAGGAAUGGACCCAUUUGUUGGCAUUUCAACAGGUGUUGGCUUGGCUUUAGGAAUAGUACAGUUGAUCUUAUAUUUUAUUUACUGUGACAAAAAAAUAUUAAAUAAGAAGACAACGGCUACUGAUGAGUCCCAACAGAAUAUGGGCAAUGGCUAUAUCAAUAAUGUUAAGUGUUACAAUGAUGAGAAGCAAUCAAAUUUUCAUGAGCAAGUCUAGACAAGUAUGAAAUCAAGUUCAAUAUGCAACUCAAAACUUGGUGAUUUUUGUGUAAAAUCUGUUUCUUUAGAUUUUAUAAACAUUCUGAUGUACUUGAAUAAUAUAAUAUUGUAAAAGCAUAAAAGUAUGUCAAGAAUGAUCAGACAUCUGAAUGAAAUGUGAAUGAUUAUGCAUUAUGUUCACAAUGUGUGGUUGCUUAGAUUGAAGAUUAUUUAAUGUUUAUGGUU